GGCGAGUUCGGCGAGGUGUGGCGCGGCCGCCUGGCGCUGCCGGGCCAGCCCGAGGCCGAGGUGGCCGUCAAGACGCUCAAGGGCGGCGCGGGCGAGCGGCAGCGGCGCGAGUUCCUGCGCGAGGCCGCGCGCAUGGCGCAGUUCCUGCACCCCAACGUGCUGCGGCUGCGCGGCGUCGUCAGCGCCGGGCCCCCCGCCAUGAUCGUCACCGAGUUCCUGCAGCACGGCGCGCUCGACGCCUUCCUCAGG